UAAAUAUAUAAUUUUAUGGUAUGUAAUUAUCAUCGUUCAUCGCAAAUGUUUUAUUUACAAGAAUAAUGUUGAUUGCUUUCAUGGUCAUUUUAAUUUGUUUGAACCUUGGUAUGACGUGCAUCUAUCUAUCUCCAAAAGAUUGUGAGUUCAAAACCACAGAAUGUCUUUCAAACUGAUCGACGUAGACAAAGAAUACGAAAAAGACGAUUGUCUUAAACGCGAAGACGUAAAAAUCCUCUCCGAAUGGCUAGAAAAUCAGCCCCAUUUGCCCAAAGCCACCGAACUCCAACUCAUCCUCUUCCUCCAGAGUUGCUACUACAAAAUCGAGGUUGCAAAAAACGCCAUUGAAAAGUUUUUUACAAUUCGAACUCGAUGUCCCGACAUUUUCGCAGUUCUACCAAUCGAAAUAUUGAAACGAGAACUAUCCGUCUGUUCGAUGGUUUUUCUUCCUGAGAAAACUCCCGAUGGUUGUAUUGUUGUUAUAACAAAAAUGAUAGAUACAAGACCUGAACACUACAAUUGUGUGACCCAAAUAACUUGUAUGGAUAUGGUACUGAUGUUGUAUAUGCACCAGAAUGGGACUUGUAACGGAAUUGUGUCAAUUUCGGAUUUACAAGGUCUCAGUUUUGGUCAUAUGAGAAGAUUUAAUUUAGGCGCAGUUAGAAAACAUUUGGUUUACAUUCAAGAAGCCAUCCCUGUACGAAUCAAAGGGUUACACCAUGUCAAUUUGGUCCCAUUUACCGACAAAAUGAUGGCAAUAAUGAAACCCUUCAUGAAAAAGGAACUAACCGAUUUGCUCUAUUUCCACAAUUCUCUGGAUGCGUUAUAUAAACACGUACCGAAGCAAAUUUUACCAAAGGAAUAUGGCGGUGAUGCCCUUUCGCUUGAAAUAUUGCAGGAACAAAACGUGAAAAAUGUUUUGGAAAAUAUGGACUUUUUCAAUUGGUUGGAUACACUUAAAGUCGAUGAGACGAAACGGCCUGAAAAAACAAAAAAUUCCGAUUGUCAACUAAUAUGAAUUUUAAGGCUACAAGAAAAAAUAAACGAUAACAUACUU